AAUGGAGCCAGAGAAGGCGAUGGCAAACAACUCCAGCAUCUUUGCCAAGAAAACCCCAAAUGGGGUCAGGAAGCACUGAACAGGACUGAACAGCAUGGCACCUACAAUUUCCUGAUCCUGUUCUCUGCUGUUUUUUUGAAAAAUUGGACAUUCCUGCUUCUCCUGUUGUUCCUCUCCCAUUAUUCAUGUUCUUGCAAUAUCACAGUCACAGGCUCAGCAACCACAUCUGUCAGUUCUUUCAGGAGUAAGGAAGAAAGGAGGGGCAGCCACGUGGUGCAGUGGGCCAACGGCAUCCGAGGGUGAUGUCUUGACUUGUGGGUGAAUUGGCUUUAGGUGAGGCCAAGCUGUGCAAAGUCACCAGCCUCAUUCUCACCUCCACAUUCACCAGAGUCCAGUGGCAGCUGGUGAUGGCUACUGAUGCAGUGGGAGACCUUGGCCUUUCCCGGGGUCUCAGUUCAUCUGAAGCAACACCCAUUCAGUAAUUAAAGGCUAGGCUAGUAAUUGAGGCAAAAGAUGGACUAGUUUGUCUUCACAAAAGAAUCAGUCUGGGAGGAAAAGACUCUCAGAGUGUCAUAGAGUUCUGGGUAUGGCAGACGGAAGACCUGAGUUCAAAUCCAAGUUCAGUCACUUGCUAGCUGUGUGACCCCGGACAAGUCACUUUACCCUAGUUUCCACAUCUAUAAAAUGGUGUCUAUAACAGCACUUGCUUUCCAGGGUUGGUGUGAAGACCAGGUGAGAUAGUCAUUGUAAAGUACUUAGCCUUGCCUGGAACACAGUGAGCUCCACUUAAACGUUAGCUCUUAGUUUUAUUUAGUCCGUCUACCAAAGGACUGGCAUUCAUGAGGUAAGGGGAGGAGCAGAGGGGGCGGGGCUCCUGGCAGGAAGGGCGGGGGAGGCAGGACCGCAUUCCAGGCCGGGGGAGGGGCGGAGCCCCAGGCAUGCGCAGGAGGUGCCUAGCCUCCGGACCACGAUUCCCAGAAGGCCAUGCUCGCCUCAGGGGUAUUUUUCCAAGCUCAAGGGCCGGAGGAUUAGACUGCCAUUUUACCAUGACGCUUCCGCUUCCUUUUCUCUCGACUUCUUCCACGCUUGGUGGUUCCCGCUUCCCCUUCCCUGUCCUGAGCUGAAGUGUGACGGGCUCUAUCUUGUGUGGCCUCUGCUCUGCCCCAGUAGGUGGGAACCUUGAGGAAGAGGGAAUGGCUUCUGUACUGACAGCCAGGUCAGGAAAGGAAUUAGUCACAUUCAAGGAUGUGGCUGUGGAAUUCACUCCAGAGGAGUGGGUACAAUUGAACCCAUCUCAGAAAAAGUUGUAUAGAGAUGUGAUGCUGGAGAACUAUAGGAACUUGGUCUCUUUGGGAUUUGCAGUUUCCAAACCAGAUGUGAUCUACCAAUUGGAAAGAAAGGAAGCAUCUUGGAUGCCAAAGGCAGAUAUUCCAAGAAGCAGCUGUCCAGAGAGCAGAGAAUUUUCUCAAGAUAAACCUCUUGAAUGUAAUGAACAUGAAUUUCAGAAGGCCUUUAGGAGCAAGAAGCAUUUUGCUGUAUAUCAGAAACUUCAUACUGGAGAUAAACCUUAUGAAUGUAGUGAAUGUGGAAAGGCCUUCAGGGAUAAGACACAAUUUAUAGUGCAUCACAGAAUUCAUACUGGAGAGAAACCUUAUGAAUGUAGUGAAUGUGGGAAGGCCUUCAGGAGUAAGACACAAUUUAUAGUGCAUCACAGAAUUCAUACUGGAGAGAAACCUUACAAAUGUAGUGAAUGUGGGAAGAUUUUCAAUAGGAAGUCAAAUCUUACUGUGCAUCAGAGAAUUCAUACUGGAGAGAAACCUUAUGAAUGUAGUGAAUGUGGGAUGGCAUUCAGGGAUAAGACGCAACUUACAAUCCAUCGCAGAAUUCAUACUGGAGAGAAACCUUAUGAAUGUAGUGAAUGUGGGAAGGCCUUCGAUAAGGCACAACUUACUGUGCAUCAGAGAAUUCAUACUGGAGAGAAACCUUAUGAAUGUAGUGAAUGUGGGAAGGCCUUCAGGAGUAACUCACAACUUAGAGUGCAUCAGAGAAUUCAUACUGGAUACAUACCCUAUGAAUGUAGUGAAUGUGGGAAAGCCUUCAGGAAGAAGAUACAACUUACAGUGCAUUACAGAAUUCAUACUGGAGAGAAACCUUAUGAAUGUAGUGAAUGUGGGAUGGCAUUCAGGGAUAAGACACAACUUACAGAGCAUCUGAGAAUUCAUACUGGAGAGAAACCUUAUGAAUGUAGUGAAUGUGGGAAGGCCUUCAGAUAUAAAACACAACUUACAGUGCAUCACAGAAUUCAUACUGGAGAGAAACCUUAUGAAUGUAGUGAAUGUGGGAAGGCCUUCAGAUAUAAAACACAACUUACAGUGCAUCACACAGUUCAUACUGAAGAGAAUCUUCAUGAAUGUAGUGAAUGUGGGAAGGGCUUCAGGAGUAAGGCACAACUUGCUGUGCAUCAGAGAAUUCAUACUGGAGAGAAACCUUAUGAAUGUAGUGAAUGUGGGAAAGCCUUCAGGAGGAAGAUACAGCUUACAGUGCAUUACAGAAUUCAUACUGGAGAGAAACCUUAUGAAUGUAGUGAAUGUAUGGAGGCCUUCAGGAGCAAGAAGCACCUUACUGUGCAUCAGAGAAUUCAUUCUGGAGAGAAACCUUAUGAAUGUAGUGAAUGUGGGAAGAUUUUCAACAGGAAGUCAAAUCUUACUGUGCAUCAGAAAAUUCAUACUGGAGAGAAACCUUAUGAAUGUAGUGAAUGUGGGAAGGCCUUCAGGUGUAAGACACAACUUAUAGUGCAUCACAGAAUUCAUACUGGAGAGAAACCUUAUGAAUGUAAUGAAUGUAUGGAUGCCUUUAGGAGCAAGCAGCAUCUUACUGUGCAUCAGAGAAUUCAUUCUGGAGACAAACCUUAUGAAUGUAGUGAAUGUGGGAAGAUUUUCAAUAGGAAGUCAAAUCUUACCGUGCAUCAGAAAAUUCAUACUGGAGAGAAACCUUAUGAAUGUAGUGAAUGUGGAAAGGCCUUCAGGUGUAAGACACAACUUAUAGUGCAUCACAGAAUUCAUACUGGAGAGAAACCUUAUGAAUGUAGUGAAUGUAUGGAGGCCUUCAGGAGCAAGAAGUACCUUACUGUGCAUCAGAAAAUUCAUACUAGAGAGAAACCUUAUGAAUGUAGUGAAUGUGGGAUGGCAUUCAGGGAUAAGACACAACUUACAAUCCAUCGCAGAAUUCAUACUGGAGAGAAACCUUAUGAAUGUAGUGAAUGUGGGAAGGCCUUCAGAUAUAAAACAUUACUUAUAGCACAUCACAGAAUUCAUACUGAAGAGAAUCCUCAUGAUUGUAGUGAAUGUGGGAAGGCCUUCAGGAGUAACUCACAACUUAAAGAGCAUCAGAAAAUUCAUACUGGAGACAUUCUUUAUGAAUGUAAGGAGUGUGGAAAGGCUUUCCCUUUCAACUCAAAGCUUAUUGAACAUCAAAGAAUUCAUACUAGAGAGAAAGCUUAUGAAUGUAUUGAAUGUGGAAAGGCCUUCUUUAGAAAGCUAGAGCUUACUGUGCAUCACAGAACUCAUACUGGAGAGAAUCCUUAUGGAUGUAGUGAAUGUGGGAAGGCCUUCAGGGAUAACUCACAACUUAGCGUGCAUCAGAGAAUUCAUACUGGAGAGAAACCUUAUGAGUGUAGUGAAUGUGGGAAGGUCUUCAGGAGUCAGACACUCCUUACUGUACAUCAGAGAAUUCAUACCGGUAAGAAACCUUAUGAAUGUGGUGAAUGUAGAAAGACCUUCAGGAGGAAGACACAACUUACUGAUCAUCAAAGAAUUCAUACUGGAGAGAAACCCUAUGAAUGCAGUAAAUGUGGAAAGGCCUUCAGGAGGAAAGACCAUCUUACUAAUCAUCAGAGAAUUCACGCUGGAGGGAUGUGAUGAAUAUGGAAAGACCUUCCUG